AUGGCAUCUUGGCCAGGCACCUUAUGGAAUCGGUCAUCACAGCCGUCUUCUAUAGCAAAUGUCGGGGCCAAAAGCAGGAGUGAAGCCUGCCUGGACGACUGUUCAUUUGCCCCGCAGCCUCCAAUUCCACAACUGGAGGAGAUACAAGGGGAUGAUAGAAUAUGGAAUUCCACAGGAUCGGAGACUCAACAGCCACAGUCUGCGUUUCAUUCCGAGGAAGUUCAGAAAACGACACCAACCACGCCGAUAUUCGGCUUAGCAGAACAAGAAAUCCGAGAGAAGAGCCAAGAACCCAUCAAGAGCAGGAGGUGGUUACCCCAAACUCUACAUAACUGGGACGACUACGAGUCUACAUCUUCAUCAUCAGUACCAACUUUCCGAUUCCAAUAUCUCCCGGAACCAAAUGAAGCAAGCGAAUGGUAUCACAUGCCUGAGCCGCCCCCUGAAUCGGCUCAAGAAACCCGGGCCAAGGUGAUGAAUCUUCUAGACGAAGUGCUAAGUGCACAUGAAGAUGUUUCAGCCAAGCGCCAUCGGAUCCGAGAGAUGCGACAUAUGCUGCGCCAGAAACGGGACGAGGAGGGCGACGUACGGAUUACAUUGCGGAGCAAGUUGAAUCUCAUAACUGCCGAAAACGUGCAUGAUGAUCUUGCUGCUAUCAAUGACACGAUCAAUGAACUCCAAGAUGCCACUGCAUCAUAUUUCAUCCUUGAAAAUGAAUAUCAUAGACAGGAAAAUGAACUGGCAGAACUGGAGUAUGAUUACAACAAACGCCUAGAGAGGCUGCAAGCAAUCCUCGAGAAUCAAGGCCACUCUCUAGCAAAUCGUGACGCUAUGGAAUCGGAUACCGCUUCUUCUUCAGCGGACUAUACUUCGGACUAUGGAGAUGAACCGUCACCCCAAAUGGCCGAAUACCUUUCCAUGGUCGGCGAGGCGCGUAUACUAGUGGAACGGCUCUCGGAGAUGGAGACAGAAUACCUCAUCCUGAGUGAACAACGCGAACAACACGCAAAACUCGGGAUUCCCCAAGACAAUUAUUCGAUCAAUUUUAUACUUCGAUACACGGGAGAAAAAGCGAAGAUCGAAUCCGAGUUAGAACUUGCCCGCCAUAAAGUCGAAUCGCAUCCCGAGCAUUCAAAUCAUCUCGCCCAGGUUGAUGGCGAUAUAGAUGAAGAUGAAGAGGACGAGAUGAUACAGUACUUUCUACCGGAGAAACCAGAGGACCAGCGGUGCGAGGAUCCGCUCCGCUCUUCGGAAUUUGACGACCCAUCGCCCUUUUUCGCUGCUGCACACGCCCAACCUGUCAACAAGGGCUCCUUUGUGGAUCGAUGGCUUCUUCACCGAUUGCGACAUUCAAGUUUUGAGAUCAUGCGGUUCAAGUCUGCACCUGAACUAGUGGACCUGAGGAGCAAGGGCUGGGAAUCAGACAAUAUUAGUAAAAUGGCAAUGAGGCUUUGGUUUCAAGAUGGUGCGGCAACUGUGGAACAUGUUAGAAGUCAUUCAGGUGGGUAG